UCUCUCUGUUCCAUGUCUUAUUUCUAAACCAAUUUGAAUUCAAAUUCCUCCCUUCUCUCUCUGUUCCAUAUCUUCAAACUCCUUCCCAUUUCCUAUAUUUACACCUCUUUGAACUCAAAUUCCUCCAUUCUUUCCAUCACUACCAAAAACAGAAAACAUGGUUGAUUCACUGGUCUCGCUUGCCAAAGAAAAAUUGACCAAAGUUCUUGAAGAUGAGGCGGUUUUGUUGGUGGGUGUCACCAACGAAAUCGAAAACCUUUCCAUUACGUUCAACUUGCUCCAAGCUGUGCUUAAAGAUGCUGAAACUCAGCGAGUGAAGAACGAAGCUGUGAAGAAGUGGUUGGAGAAUCUCAAAGACGUGGCCUACGAUGUGGAUGACAUACUGGAUGAGUGGACGACAGAUGCUCUCAGACCACAGGCUCCAGAUGAAGGUGAUGGCUCCUGUUUCAGCUUCCUUGUUACUUGCUACCUCUCCUGUGUUACUUUCUUCAAUCAUGUCGCGUUACGCCACAAAAUUGGGAGUAGGAUAAAGGAGGUGAAGGGUAGAUUAGAUGUUAUCGAAAAAGCUAAGAACCAAUUGGGUCUUAAAGUAGAUAGUGAGAAGAUGGAAAGGGUGAAUGGUGAAGUGAGGCCGGCCGAGAUCAGAGAGCGAGAGACAGCAUCCCUACUCGACCGACCGUCAGUUUUUGGCAGAGAAGAUGAUAAAAAUAGAGUCGUAGACUUGUUACUAGGGGAGAGUAGUGGAGAGGUGAAUGAGGUGCCCUUCGUCGUCAUUUCUAUCGUUGGAAUGGGGGGGUUGGGGAAGACAACCCUUGCUCAGCUCGCCUACAACGAUGAGAAAGUCAUGGAGCAUUUCCAGAUGAUAAUGUGGGUAUGUGUUUCUGAAGAUUUCGAUGUGAAACGAAUUACAAAAUCAAUUAUCCAAUCUGCAACGAAGACUGGUUGCGAUUCAUUAGACUUGGAUCAGUUGCAAUGCCGCCUUCGUGAAAUGUUGCAUGCAAAGCGAUUCUUGCUUGUGCUUGAUGACAUUUGGAGUGAAGAACCUGACAAGUGGGACAGACUGAAACUUCCCUUCCAAGCUGGUGCAGCAGGGAGUCGAAUCCUCAUUACUACUCGUAAAGAAAAGGUUGCAUCAGCGAUGGGAAGGGCUCGCGUAUGUAAUCUGGAAGUCUUAUCUCAUGCCGAUUGCUGGUUAGUAUUCUGGCACAGAGCGCUUGAGCAUCGGAGUGCCGAAGAACGUUCAAAGUUGGAAGAUAUUGGAAGGGAAAUCGUAAAGAAGUGUGGAGGGCUCCCUCUCGCUGCGAAGACAAUAGGGAGUGCCAUGUGGUCGAGAAGGACGAGAAGGGAGUGGGAGCUUGUCUUGGAAAGUGACAUAUGGAAUUUAGAUGAUGUCUUACAAGGCGUUUUACCAGCUUUGUUACUCAGCUACCAUGACUUGCGUCCUGCUUUGAAGCAAUGCUUUGCUUAUUUCUCCAUCUUCCCGAAAGAUUGGGAGAUAAAGAAGGAUAUGACAGUGAAGUUAUGGGUGGCACAAGGUUUCAUCCCCUCCAACGGCAGUAGAGAUAUGGAAGAAACUGGGAGUCAGUAUUUUGAUGAUUUACUAGGACGCUCGUUGCUUCAAGAUGCAGAGUUGGACGAUGACAAGAACAUAGUCGAGUGCAAGAUGCAUGAUUUAGUUCACGAUCUUGCAAAAUCCGUUGCAGGAAGUGAAUGUUCACUGGUGGAUAUCAGAGAACAAGCCUCGCUGAACCCAAGCAAUCUCCGCCAUUCUUUUUUAAAUGUCAGUGAUGAAGAAGUGGCUUCCAUUUGGCCCACCUUGUAUAAGGCUAACAAGUUGCGGACGUUGCUAUGCUACCCAAUAAUCUACAAGCCUAGGGUGCCGAACAAUUUAUUUAAUCAUUUCAGACACCUUAGGGCAUUGGACUUGAGUGACACUAGCAUUCAGAAAUUGCCUGGAACGGUAGGGAAAUUGAAGCAGUUGAGAUAUCUUGAUUUAUCUCGGACACACAUAAAGAAGUUGCCGGAGGGGGUGGGAAAAUUGAAGCAGUUGAUAUAUCUUGAUUUAUCUUUGACAAACAUAAAGGAGUUGCCGGAGGGGGUGGGAAAAUUGAAGCAGUUGAGAUAUCUUGCUUUAUCUUGGACAGAGAUAGAGGAAUUGCCUGAGGAGGUGAGUAAUUGUGUAAAUUUACAGACCUUGAAACUGCAAUACUGUCAUCAGCUUAAAAAACUUCCGAAAGGGUUGGGAAAAAUGAUUAACCUGCGACAUCUAGAUUUAGAAGGCACUAGGCAGCUGAAGUACUUACCGCAGGGCAUAGGGAGGCUAAGUAGCCUUCGGACGAUAACAAAGUUGAUAGUGGAGGGUGGCAUCGAAGGAUGUAAAUGGGGAGAAGUGAAACAACUGAUCAAUCAUCUUCAUCUUCAAGGAAGACUCCAAAUUAUUGGGUUGGAAAAAGUCAAGAGCAGGGACGAAGCUAGGGAGGCAGAACUGUAUAAGCUGCAGGAUAUUUAUGAUAUAUCCUAUGAAUACAGAGGUGAUGAAGCGUUGGAUGAUGAUGAGGUGAAGAGAAUGGAGGAGGUGCUUGAAAUCCUGAAGCCCCAUACAAACUUGAAAGAGCUGGAAAUAAGGGGUUACGAAGGUUGGAAGCUUCCCAAGUGGAUAGAGGAUCCAGUGUUCUUCAAUCUAGUGGAGGUGAUCCUCUCGUCUUGUAGCAAGUGUAAACAAUUGCCGGGUCUUGGUAAACUACCUUCCCUUAAAUGCCUUGAAAUUGUGGGAAUGGAAGAGAUGAGAAAGGUGGGUGGUGAGUUUAGUGGGGAUGAUAAUAAUGAUGGAAGUGGUGGUGUCGUGUCAUUCCCAAAGCUCGAGACCCUCUUCUUCGAAGACAUGCUAAAUUGGGAGGAGUGGGAAUUGAUUGGAGAUGGAGAGGUUAUGCUAUCUCUCCUCGAAUUAGAAAUAAGAAACUGUCCAAAGCUGAAGGAGUUGCCCAGUAAUCUUCCACCGCGCCUACAGAAACUGAGUUUAAGAAUAGGUAAUGAUGGGUUGCCAUCGGGUGGGCCCUUACCCAUCCUCCCCAACCUUCACCAUUUGGAGGUUGUUGGAAGUGAUGAGCUGACAUCGUUCCCUUGUGGUUGGUUGGGGCAACUCAAAGCCCUCCAAACUCUGAAGAUCAAUAAUUGUUCCAAUUUGAGGUCUCUUCCUGCAGAGGAGUUGAAACACCUCACCAUGCUUCAACAAUUAACGAUAUGGUGGUGUCCACUCUUAAAAGCGCGCUACAGAGUAGGAGGAGAAGAUCGGGACAAGAUUGCCCACAUCCCCAAUAUCAGCAUUGAAUGAAAGGCAUUACGGUGAUCUGGGUCCAAGAAGAUGAAAUCGACGAACAGCUUUUCACUUGCUUGUUUCAAGGAAUUUUGUUGAUGUUCUGUGUAACUACUCUACUUUUUUUUUUUAUUCUUUUUCUUUUAUGUUUUCUUUCUUUUACUUUUUUUUUUUUUUUUUUCUUUUUUCUGUUUCUUUUCUUCUUCUUCUUUUUUUUUUUUUUGGUUAAAUGGAUUUAGUUGUAAUAAUAUGUAAAUCAAAAGAUGUUUAUCAGAUGUUGAUUGCCUUCUUAUUUCUUCCACGUAGAUGCAACUGAUCCAGCGUACGUUGUGGGUGAGACCCUGACCUUGGGGCCCACCUUUAUAUAUUGUGCCAUCUGUUACGCCAAAUCAUUUUAUAGCAUGGGCCAAAGAUGAACCAUAUACAAAUUUCAGUUAGAUCACACCACAAUAAACAGUGGUGGAAGAUCAUUAUAAAUAUUUUUUUAUGGGCCACAAAAGUUUCGGAACAGGCAACUAGACUUUAAGAAGUUUUUAACGGUGGGAGUUCAAUGACCACUGCUUCUUAUGGUGUAGUCCAUUUGAGACUUGUAUCUACUUCAUUUUUGAGUCCAUGCCAUAAAUUGAUC